AUGCUUUCUACAAGAAAUUUACGUAUAAUCUCUAAAAGAUUACCAAAUGUCACUACUCAAGCUGCCAAAUCAAAUGUUGGUUCUCAAUUGAGAAACAUCUCUUUCAAAUCUUCAUCAAGAUUAUCAUCACCAUCAUCAUCAUUGCUAAAUUCAACAACUUUACCAAAAAAUUCAAUUAGAUCUUUCCAAACUUCAUUCAUCAGAUUAAAUUCUCAAGUUGUUAAAGUCCCUGAUAUGGCUGAAUCCUUAACUGAAGGUACUUUAAGAGAAUUCAACAAACAAAUUGGUGAUUUUGUUGAACAAGAUGAAACUAUUGCAACUAUUGAAACCGAUAAAAUCGAUGUUGAAGUUAAUGCUCCAUUCUCUGGUACCAUUAGAGAAUUCUUAGCUAAUCCUGAAGAUACCGUUGAAGUUGGUCAAGAUUUAUUGAAAAUUGAACCAGGUUCAGGUCCAGCUGAAGGUUCAUCAUCAUCAUCUGCUCCAAAAGAAGAAUCUGCUCCAAAGGAAGAAUCAACUCCAGCUCCAUCAAAAGAAGAAUCAGCUCCAGCUCCACCAAAACAAGAAAGUAAACCUGCCCCAAAGAAAGAAGAAUCUAAACCAGCUCCAAAGAAAGAAGAACCAAAACAACAAGACACUACUUCAUUUACAAAAUUCCCAAGAACAGAAUCACGUGUUAAAAUGAACCGUAUGCGUUUAAGAAUUGCUGAAAGAUUAAAAGAAUCACAAAACACUGCUGCUUCAUUAACUACUUUCAAUGAAGUUGAUAUGUCAUCAGUCUUAGAAUUAAGAAAAUUAUAUAAAGAUGAAAUUAUCAAAAAGAAAGAUAUUAAAUUUGGUUUCAUGGGUCUUUUCUCUAAAGCCGCUACAUUAGCUAUGAAAGAUAUCCCAGCUGUCAAUGGUGCUAUUGAAGGUGAUCAAUUAGUUUAUAGAGAUUAUGUUGAUAUUUCAAUUGCCGUUGCUACACCAAAAGGUUUAGUUACUCCAGUUGUUCGUAAUGCAGAAUCUUUAUCAGUUUUAGAAAUUGAACAAGAAAUUAUUAAUUUAGGUAAAAAAGCUCGUGAUAAUAAAUUAACUUUAGAAGAUAUGGCUGGUGGUACUUUUACUAUUUCAAAUGGUGGUGUUUUCGGUUCAUUAUAUGGUACUCCAAUUAUUAAUUUACCUCAAACUGCUGUUUUAGGUUUACACGGUACCAAAGAAAGAGCUGUUGUUGUUAAUGGUCAAGUUGUUAGUAGACCAAUGAUGUACUUAGCUUUAACUUAUGAUCAUAGAAUGUUGGAUGGUAGAGAAGCUGUUACUUUCUUAAAGACUGUUAAAGAAUUAAUUGAAGAUCCAAGAAAAAUGUUAUUAUUUUAA